GGUGAUGAAAAUUCUUGAUGAUUGGGUUGUUACAAUAGAUGGUACGGUACUGCUGGUAUACUUUCUACUGCUACUGCUGACUGGACUGAAAGUACAAAAAAUGCCUUGAAAAAGCCUUGAAAUUUCAAGGCUCAAAAUCCUCGAGGCAAAGGCCCUCUCAAGGCCAAGGCUUGAAUGUUCGAGCAUCAAGGCACUACAACACUGCCGUAGUACCCUCGAACGGGAGGGACGACCUUACGCGGGCUCGACGUCCGUACUCCGAUCCCGUCUUCGCGAAUGUAAGACAUGUACUUCCCGCGGUCUACCACUUCCCGCUAGCGCGCUCUAGAAUCGAGAAACCUUUCCACCUUCACGAAAAAUUGCAAUCUCGGGACACAUGCACACAGUUGCUACUCUUUUCCAAACGUCAGUAGUGCCCUCAUGUUGUGCCACCAGCUCUUAUCUUGUCGAUCCCUCAAGCAGCCGUGAGGCAGAGUGUAAUAGUCACAGAUCAUAGACAGGGAAAGGGAACAACCGGUGAUAGUGUUCUGUGGACAUACCAGACAAAUCUCUGGUUGUGCCAGUUGGCACUGACCAAAGGGUUCGGGCAACUACAGCCAUGCAGAAGAUACUCCGCUCUCCGGCCAGCAUACGUCGUAAGGUCAAUAACAAGAUGUUUGGUGUCCCGUUGAAAGAGCUCUGCCGUUAUGGACCUAAUGGAGUUCGAAUACCAGAUCUCCUACAGAAGAUUAUAGAGUUUAUAAAGAUGCAUGGUAUUGGACAUGAAGGAAUCUUCCGUAUCAAUGGUAGCUCAAAAAUUGUGGACAAACUCCGGAUGCAAUACGAUCGCCAUGGUAACGCCAACCUGGAGGAAGCUGGUGAUGUUAUGGCUGUAGCUAGUCUUCUCAAGCUCUUUUUCCGAGAACUGCCAGAUCCUCUUAUCGUUGGCUAUCUUCAUUCCCAGUUUCUUACUGUACAAGAAGAAUUUCAGUACAACAAAGAAGAAAGUCUGAAGCAAUUAAAGAACCUUCUUCAGCAACUACCAGAAGAGAACUUCCUUGUCCUAAGGUUCCUCUGUAGCUUCCUACGUAAAGUCAUCCACCAUGAGGACACCAACAAGAUGAAUUCCAUGGCCUUAGCUAUCGUCUUUGGACCAAACUUGUUCAGGUGUGCUGACGGCAUUCAAGGACUGAGAGAACAGGGACAAACAAACCAUCUUGUUCGUCUCUUCAUUGAUAAGUUUGACUUCCUCUUUGGUCAUGAUAUUGGUAGCCCACCUUCACCUGUCUCUAUCAGUGGUUCAGAUCGAGUGUGGAACUCAAAGCGAAUUGAAGUGCAAGCAGCAAAGGAGAAGAAAUCCCCGCCUGUCACUCCAAUGUCUUAUGAUCAGUACAUGAGACAAAGGAGACAUAAAUUGGUACCACAGGAUGAAUUGGAUAUGAACUCAAACUAUUCUGAAGUCUCAAAAGAAGAAGUAUCAUCAGGAAUGCCACAAAAUCAGGGAUGCCUCAGUCUUCCUGAUGGUGAGUUUGAUGAAAGAGCCUUAUCUCCAUUCAAUCUUGAUAGUGAUCAAGGAACCAGUACUGCUCCAUCACCAAUAUCAUUGUCUACUACAUCAGAAUUUGUUGAAAGGACAAUACAAGAGAGUAUAUCUCAGCAUCUAUUUGGCGCUCAUGGUAAUCCUCGAUUUGACCUUAGCCCAAGACCAGAAACUCCAGUAGCCAUGCCUAGGAAGAAGCAUCAGAAAAAGAAUCAAGACAGUUCUUCUUUCAAUAGGAGAAGUAAUUCUGAGUCUUCGUUAGAGCACCUAGUCAACUCAUUUGCUGAGAAGGAAGGUAUAUCAGUCAGAAAUAGGGUACAGCAGUUCUCUGAUGACACACUGGUAUCUACCAAGUCACAUGAUCACAGCCAGUCACAUGAUCGCAGUCAUCCAAUAAAAAGAAAAGGCAGACCAACCUCCAAAGCUUUUGAUAUAUUUGAAUCUCAGGGCAUCAUUAUUGGAAAGAAAUUAGUAGACUCUACAAUCAGUGAAAGAGAGACUAGUGCAUCCAGCUCAAAGGUCAGUGAAGACUCAGAACUGGACAUUGUUAAACGCAACUCAGGCCCAUUAAACUCUUUAACAGCAGGCAGGGUUGCCCCACCCAAGAGAAGAUCUCCCACAAAGAAAAAUAGGGGAUCAGGUGGAGAGGAUAGCCGGGAUUCUCUAGCUGGGAAAGGAAAGGCAGCUAAUAGAUCAGACUAUUCUGACCUCAAAACACCGAAUCAAGAUGUCUGGCUAAGACAACAUGGAGAUGGACAGAAUAGUCCCCCAAAUAGGAACAGGAAUCCCAGAGAAGGGGGACUAUGGGGGAUACACAAUACAGAUGGUGAACCCAAGCAGGAGCACCCAGUUCCUCAGCCAAGAACAAGGAGAGGGAAGGCAAAGGAAGGGGAAAGAGACGAAGGAAGGAGGAAACAAUUAAUUGGUGGCUCUGAUAUCAAAGGGGAAAGAAGAAAAAUAGAAGAGGAUGAAAGAGAAAACGAUGGAGGAGAGGCAAGGAGAAUGUAUGAAAGAGGAGAAGAUGGAAGGAGAAGAGAUGAAGAAACCAGGGAUGAAAAGAUUGAAGAUGAAUUGAGAAGAUUGAUAGGAGAGAAUCAACCUUCCAGUGCUCUUAAAGGUCAGGUUGUUCCUCCACUUGACUUGACAAGUCUACAUGUAAAUACUGAAGGACCUGCAUGGCAAGGCCAGCAAGCUUCACCAAGAGGAGGAGGGGGUCAAAGUGGAUCAGAAGGGAGUACACAGACCCUAUCCAGGCUUGAGAAACUCCAAACGAUAACAAGUCUUCUCCAGCAUGAACCUUAUGAUGCUCCACUCUCCCCCAGGGCAAAAGAUGCCCCACCCACCUUUGGAAGUGGCUCAUGGGAUAUGCUGGAGAGCCCGCCCUCACCUGUUACCAAGCACGAUUUGUUUCCUCGUUCUAGUAAGCGAUCUGAGAGCUCACUGGAAGAAGAAGAUCAGGUAUCAGUUAUCAAGAGAUUAACAAGACAAGUUAGAUCACUCAAGCAAAAGAUUAAACAGUAUGAAGAAGAAUUUGAACGCCAGUAUCAUGCAAAGCCAAGCCAUACUGAAAAACUAAGUCAACCAGAGAUCAGGAAGAUGAUUGGAGAACUCAAGAGAGCUAAUAAGCAUCUCAAAGCCUUGAAGAUUGAAGCAAAGGAAAGUAAGAAUCCACUCCAUAGUACCCUUCCUGCUCGUCUAUCUCCUAAUGGUGAAGAGGAAGGGUCUUCCACCAUUCAUCUAGCUGGUCUGAAAGAAGCCCUCAACCUUGCCCAGAAACGACUCCAGGAGAAACGAGAUGAUGCUAAGAGAGGAUUUGAUGUGCUGGAGAUGAACCAGGAUGAAGUGAAAGAGGAAAAGGUUGCCAUUCAGAAGGCAUUGCUUCAAUUGGAGAGUAAAUAUGGCCGACCCACAUCAAGAGCUUCCAAAGAAGUGAUGAAACCACUCUAUGACCGAUAUCGUACAUUGAAGAAACUUAUCAAGAAUAAGGAGUUACGAAGAAGCAUAAGUGAAGAGGCCAAUCCUUCUGAUUUGAAUACCAUUGAGGAACAUGUAGAAACAAGAGAAUUCAUACCUAAACAUAUGGGGCCUGUUCACAGUAAAUAUGAUAUGGAGCAGGAAGAAGAAGGUGAUGAAGAUGAUAUGUUUGGUACAACAGACUUCAGGGUCACCCAAAUGGUAUCACCAAGUCAGAGGUCAUCUGGAAGGUCACCAUCUGACCAUGAUGAUCUGUGUGAGAGUCCAUCUAGGAAUGAUUCUCCAUUCAGUCCAGCUAGUGCUUCUUAUCAUGAGGCAUCAUUGGAAGAACUUCAGAUGAGGAGAGACCAGUCUCUGAAUGAGAAGAGACGCCUACGUCGAGUUCUGAAAGACUUUGAGGAAAAUUUUCUCCAGGAGACCGGUCAAAGAGUUCAAAAAGAAGACCGAAGUCCUAUGGAGAUAGAAUAUGUUCAGUACAAACAUGUCAAGAAACAGUUGAAGCUUCUGAAUGCCCUUAUUGCCAAACACCAAUCACAGACCUUAGCAGCAGUCACAUGACAGUCUUCAGCCAAUCAUACAAAUAUUUUACCUUUAAUGUCACAUGAUCAAAGUGAGUCACCUGAUCAAAAUAUAUUGUCACAUGAUCAAGAAGUAAGAUGCUUGAGAAUAAGGGGUAAGUGAAAUAUGACCCUUACUAUCGCCUAUGUUCACAUGAAAAAGAUAAAAUUGAUAUUGCCUCAGCAUCAAUUUGCAGUCAUAAUUUUUAAUCCGUCCAGCUCAGUUUCAUGAUAAUAUGGAUAGGAGCUGAUUUUUGUUUUGCCUAAAUAAGGAUACCAUGGUUAUGAAUUAUUUCAAUGAUUUUAUCAACAUGAGAGUGAGAGUGAUUUCUUCUUAUUUUUUAUUAGGUAAAAUUAAUUAUGAGAGAAAUGGUGAUUACAACAUAAUUGGAAUAGAGAUAAGUACGUGUAAAUACAAGUGUUUUUUUAAUGUUUGCAACAUACAUAUCAAGCACACAUAUGCUGAGCCACAGAAAGGCUCAGAAAUGGUAUUGACUAUGAGAGAGAUCAUUUAACUAAUAAUGAUUUAAAUAUUUCAUGAUAUGUAGCAUUUAAUCAAUCAGGAAAAAAAUCAGAUAUUACCCCAGGUACAAGAGUUUGUCUGAUAUUUUCUGCAUACUUCAAAGUAAAAAGAAUUGAAUACUGUGUAAAAUUUAUUUUCCAAGAUAAAAAAAAAGGAAAUGCAAAAUCGACUUUUCCUGCCCCUCAAGCCCAAAUAUGUCUGAAUAAAUUUAUAUCUUAUGAAAUAAACUGCCUUGUUUGUUUUAUCAGGAAAUGUUUGAGAAUAUAUUUCUAAUCCAUUACUUGAGAUUGUCAUAAGCCUUCCAGAAAUUAAUGAAAAAUAAGGCUUCCUUUCAUUAUACAUAUCAAACCCAAAGAAAUUUUGUUUUAAGAUUUCUUACCUUUUCAGUCUGUGCCUCAAAAUAUCAAACUUAAAGGAAAACCAGACGAGACUGUUUUGAUUAAUGGUACUCUAUAUAUUUCAUUGAAUAUGCCUUUAAUACCAGAAUUUUAACCACUACUUAAUAUCAUUACAUAUCAUUGCUAAGUUUAGACCUCUAGUAUAGCCCUUUUUAUUUGAUUGAUUUGAUGGGAUUAUCACAUGUUUAAGUAUCAGUUGGUAUAUUGGUACAUAUGAUGUAGUUUUAUGCAUCAAAAUACAUAAUUACAUUCAUCUUUUUAUUAUUCUGAGGCAUUUUUAGCCAUUUUACGAAAUGCAUUAUGAUUAAGAGUUUUUAAAUGUGUAAAUGUCUGUUUAUUUGCUUAAUGAUUUAUUUUUCCUGAGAAACUUGCAUAAGUAUUGAUCUAUGUGCAUAUUCAUAGGACUUAGAUAAAAUAUAUCCUGUUUAUAUUCUACCAUUGCAUUAAAGUGAUUUUACAGCAUUUUUAUUCAUUCAUUCAUGGGGGGGGUGAAC